CCGUGGGAGUUGUACAGCCGGAACUCAAAGCUGUCAGUUGAGGUCCGGUUCGGUGCUUCCGGCUCCGCUCGCCACUGGCCCUAUGGCUGCCCCUCCGCAGAUGCGGGCUCUACUUCUGGCUGUCAACGCACUGCUGCGCAAGCGCCGCUACCACGCUGCGUUGGCACUGCUUAAAGGCUUCCGGAACGGGGCAGUGUAUGGAGCCAAAAUCCGGGCCCCGCAUGCACUGGUCAUGACCUUUCUCUUCCACAGUGGCAGCCUCCAGGAUAAGCUUCGGGCCAUCCUGCAGGCUACGUACACCCACUCUUCCAAGCUGGCCUGCUUCGUGUUCAUCUACAAGGGGCUUUGCACCCUGCAGUCCCAUGUGCAGGGGAAGACCUACCAGGUGCAUUCAUUCUUGGCUGCCUUCAUCGGAUCCUUGUUGGUAUUUACAAAGAACGAUAACAUCAACAACCAGAUCAGCAUGUACCUGUUGUCACGUGCCCUGUUUGCCUUGUGCCGCCUUGGUGUGGAGAAGGGCUACAUUCCUGAACCCAAGUGGGACCCAUACCCAUUGAUCUCUGCGAUGGUGUGGGGGCUGGUGCUGUGGCUCUUCGAGUACCACCGGCCCACGCUGCAGCCCUCGCUGCAGUCCUCUAUGACCUACCUGUACGAGGACAGCAAUGUGUGGCAUGACAUCUCAGAUUUCCUCAUCUACAACAAGAGCCGCCCCUCGAAGUAACGUGGCCCUGAGGAGCCCUCCCUUCUCCCCUCCGUGACUGCAUUAGCUAUGUGCCUAUCAACCCAGGGACCAAAUGCAGGUCAGCAGGUGUCAGCAAGAAAAUGAAAAAAAGAAAAGCUGCUCGUUCCAAGGCCAACCUCGAAUGUACUGGUGAUGCUGAAGAUCAUGAGAAUAAUCUGAAAGCUUAUGACAUAGCCGGCACCAUACCUGGCACUUUCUGUACAUCAUAUCUCAUUGCUUGUAAAAUGCCAUCAAAGAUUAUUUAUUUUAUAUUAUUUUGAGCCCCUAAGAAAGAAAAGAGCUAUUGACAAUAAUAAUAAUAAUAAUAAUAAUAAUAAUAAUAAUAAUAAUAAAUAAAAUGGAAAUGUCAUUGAUUGUAUGAUGCAUCUCAAUUUCAGAGAUGUUAAAAUAUGAAAAAAAAAAGCCUUAUAAUGAAUGGAAUAUGAAAUUGUCUCAUCUAUACAUUGAUUGCCCUACAAAUGUAAUUUUUACCUUGUGCCUAAUAGAGUUUGAGAGGCAGAGCAGGGACUGUUUCAGGAAAACUCUCCUAUUCAGCCUAACAAGAACAGUUUUCUUGUCUCCUUUGGAAAAAUCGAGAGAUGUAGGCAAGCUACUUCGGUGAUAUGUCUUUCAUUCUUGAUAACAGUUGACAUUUAUUGAUCUCUCUCUAUGUGCCAAGUACUGUCCUAAGCACUUUAAUAUCUCAUUUAAUGUCUCAACAACACUCUCAAGUAAACCUUUAUUAUCAUUAUUAUCAUCUCCAUUUUAUAUAUGAAAAAGCAGAGCCCGUCUGCUCUAAGGGCCCCCUACCAACUCUGUGGCCCUGGUCAGGGCAGGCAUAUCUGCUAUGUCUGGUUUACCUCCUCUCCUUGGAAAAGUAGAAUCCCUCUUCAGAGGUUGGGAUGAUAAUAAGGAGAGGAGGUCCCCAGAGCAUGAACUCAAGGCGUAACGGGUUGGGGAGAGAGAGGCUCACUUAUCAACCAAACCUAUCUGCUUGCAUUGGACCUUGGACCCUCUAGCUCAUACUCCACUGAACACAUCCAUCCACUUGGCCAACGCCACACAGCUAGGCAGCUAUUGUCUGGCACUCAGCCCCAUGUCUUCCAUAUCUACAUUUUCAGUUACUUGGGAAGCAGAGGAGCUGUGCUAGUGCUGGUUGGUUCCCUGGCAGUAAUAAUAUCACUAAUAGUAGUUAACAUUUAUUGAGUGCUUACUGUGUGCCAGGCACAGUCAUCAGGGAUUGUAAACUCAUACCUGGAAUGGCAAGGCCACUGAAUGAGGCAAGCCGGGGAGGAACUAUAGUGGCCUAGAGGGUCAAGGCUCUGGCAAAAUGGGAGACAGCAACUGCUCAGCACCAUGGUGGCCUGGCUAGUAUUCCUGGAUAUUACCAUUUUAAAAGACAGUCAGAUACUUGAAUUUUUAUAUAGCAUUUCCAAAUUUAAAAAAUUUUAAUUCAUAAUUCAGAAAAAAAUACUGUGGG